AACUGCUGGAGGAGCGGCGCCGGCUCGGACUCAAUGGCUCGGUGCCGCUGCGAGAGCUGUUUCCCAUCAGCAACGACACCGGCCUGGUGAAACUACUCAACAGCACGGCCUCCUACGACGACUACGACUACAGCGAGCAGUGCGAGUGGAACGACACCGCCGGCUGCAACAUGACCAACAUCACCGGCGCCGGCGAGCUGGCAGACGGCGACGACUACAACCUCGUCUUCCCGCUGCCGUUCGCCAUCUUCAUCAUCAUCUGCAUGAUCAUCAUGAUCCUCCUGACGGUCGGUGGUAAUCUGCUCGUGCUUCUGGCCUUCAUCUGUGAGCGAACCAUCCGCCAGCCAUCCAACUACUUCCUGGCGUCGCUGGCAGUGACCGACCUCUUCAUCGGCUGUGUGUCGAUGCCGUUCUUCACGGUGUACGUGCUGCGCGGAUCGUGGCACAUGGGGCCGAUCCUGUGUGACCUAUGGCUGUCGGUCGACUACACCGUGUGUCUGGUGUCGCAGUACACGGUGCUGCUCAUCACCAUCGACCGUUUCUGCUCGGUCAAGGUGAAAAUAGCGGCGAAAUACCGCAACUGGCGCACCAAGAGCAAGGUUAUCUGGAUGGUCGUGGUGACGUGGUUAAUACCCGCGCUGCUUUUCUUCAUCUCCAUCUUCGGCUGGGAGCAUUUCAUCGGCUAUCGGGACCUACUGGAGGGAGAGUGUAUGGUGCAGUUCCUCAAAGACCCUGUGUUCAACACGGCCCUGAUCGUGUUCUACUUCUACAUCACGCUGGUUGUGCUACUGGUUCUCUAUGCCGGGAUCUAUCAGACCGCCUACGAGAUGCAGAAGAAGGCCGCAGCUAAACAGCGCCUCAUCAAGAAGGCGAUGGGUGGGGCGGCGGGCGCGGCCACCGGCGCCGGGUCAGGCGCAGCCUCCAGGAGUACCACCGCCACCAACGCCGCCAAGACUGGCUCCGGCAAAAAGGACGGCAAAAAGAACGGCAAGGGAGCGGCCGCGGAGGAGACGAGCUUCUCGAAGAUGAACGACGACCGGUCUAGCAGCUAUGACUCAGACGAGGCAACCUCCGAUCAGAAGUCGUCCAAGAAGGGUGCCGCCGCCAGCGUGCCCAAGCUGGAGCCGCCGCCGGCCAGGGCGCCGCUGCCGCUGAUCCCAGAGCGCGAGGAGGUCGCAGACAGGGUGGUCAGAGCCGCACCGCAGCCAACGGCUGUCCCGAAAACCACGGCGACAGCGGCCACUACUAGCGCGCCGGCAGCAACCGCCACCACCGCUGCUGCAGGGGCGCCGGCGUCCACGGCACCGGCUGCGACACCAGCGCCACCUACAUCAGCUACCGCAGCGCCACCAGCGGCGAGUACCUCGGCACCACCGGUGGCAGCGGCAGCGGCAUCCUCUGCUUCCCUGAACGCACAGUCAACCACGCCGGCCACAGCGGCUUCUGCACCCAACCCUACCCCUCCAUCUGCUACAGCAGCCGCCACAACUGUCACCAGUGCGCUGAAUUCGGCAAUAAUGGCCACGUCGGCCGCGCCACCCGUUAGUGCGGCGAAUUCUGCCACCACCGCCACCACCGCACCGUUACCCGGCCCAACUGCGCCAUCUGGCCACAACUCAACCACAAACGCAACUCACAACCCUCCCACAGUGAACGGCUCGCCAAAGACGAUGGUUGUGGGCCAGAAUGGCUCCGCAACCAUCAUCAACCAGCCGAUAAACAAUGUAAAACCUGACAUUAAGUCGGCGACAACCAUCAUACCGAACGGCCAUGGCCCAGGCCGGCCUGCUCAUGUGAUCACCCGUUCGGUAGAUAAGCGCCAGGCAGGGCUAGUGGCCACGGCGCCGGCGUGUACUCAGACGGAGAUGGAUACUGUCUCAUCCACGGGGAUGGAUGCCAGUGACGAGGCCUCUACCGGCUCCAGCGGGGGCGGCGGUGGCGGCGGGGGCGGGGGCGGGGGCGGGGGCGGCUGCUGCCGAGUAUCCGCCCUACCUCUGAACGGCCUAGUAGCACCCGUCGCGCAGCGUACCGGCGGCUUCCUACCAGAACUGGACGUGAUCUGCGAGGGUCACUCACUGGAGGCGAUUGAUCCUCCAGACAUGUUCGCUGACGGCCAGCCGCUGAGGCCUGACCACCUCCUGCUGAAGCGUCCGGCAGAGGACCGUCGGUUGGUGUUCACCGGCGGCGGGCCCGGCGGUUUGCAUCUCCAAUACGAGGUGCACGUCGAUCUCGACGCCUCGCAACUCCGAUACAUGGACGAGAGCUCGCUGCUGCUGUCGCCCUCGUCCGAAACCCCGCCGUCGUCGUUUUGGUACCCGGGCGCGCUGUCGUCACCCGUUUCUCCGACUAAGACGUUCGAGCCUGGUGUGCCCUCCCCGCCGCCGAAUGCCAUCAUCACGCCCAGUCAGACCCCGGUGCCGCCCGAUCCCGACGAGCGGUGCCGCGUCGCGUCGACCGCCGACCCGCGCCUGCCGUACGCUACUAGCACCCCAGUGGAGCUCAGCCCACCGCUGGACGGGGGGCUGACCGAGACAGGCGCUCAGACGUAUGUGCACGCCCGGCCAGGCGGUCAGAGGUCAGCGUGGGCGAGCCCUGAAAGCAGCUCCGAUGAUGCCACGUGCCGGUCGGCGUCACCAAAGCGGCGGCUGGUGUCCACAGGUGUGCAGACUAUCGGCCGUAUGAACGGUACGGGUCUGCCACCGGUGCACUGCUCCCCUCCGCGGACACCUACAGCUCCGGCACCCCAGCAGGCUCCGGCUCCCGCCGCUCCGAGCUCCGGGGCUCCAAAAGCCACGACUAACGGUCAGGUGAACGGUGGACUGACGUCUGCUUCUGCGGUAUCCAACGCUGGACAGACACAGGUCACCGCGGCCGCGGUAGUCACCCCUGGUUCCGUCCCCUCCACCACCUCAGCACAGCAGCCGGUGGCUACAGCAGCGACCUCUAUUCCAGCCGUGGCUACAGCCGCAGCUACGCUAGCGACAUCUGUGACCACCUCAGCAGCGCCCGGCGGGUCAGUAGCGCCACCUGCCGUGACCACCACCGCACCGACGACCUCGACGGCCGCUCCAGCGACAGCGUCGGUGCCGGCCCCCUCCCCUGCCGCCAAGCCCGCUCCCUCCCCCACCCCCACCACCGCCUCCGCCCCCGCUCCCGCCCCCAGUCCCACUCCCGCCAAGGCCGCCGAAGAGAAGAUCGAGCGGGACGAGCGCGCCUCGUCGUCCCAGCCGGGGACGGCGGCCGGCACAUCUGAGGAGAAACGCUCCCUGGUAAAGGCGAUCGGCCGUCGACUGAGAAAGAAGGUGAAGGAGAAGCGACACGUCUCCAAGUCAGAGAACCGCGCCAACAAGGCUUUGAAGACCAUCUCCAUCAUCAUGGGAGCGUUCGUGGCCUGUUGGACGCCCUACCACAUCUUUUCCGUCAUCGCCAGCUUCUGUCCCAACUGCAUCAACGGCCACGUCUACAUGCUCGCCUACUUCCUGUGUUACGCCAACAGCCCCAUCAACCCCAUCUGCUACGCCAUGGCCAAUCAACAAUUCAAAAAGACAUUCAUGCGCCUGUUGAAAGGCGAUUUUCACGUCACGUAGCUGCCCCUCGCUCCAGUGUUUCGUUAGUGAGUGUCGGAUGCGCGUAGCUCGCUCCUUGUUGGCGCCCCCUAGUGAAAGGCGACGCUACAGAGAUGAUCUCCUUUCAGGCACAGGGGCGUACCGAUUACAAAUGGUCUCAACAUGCUCGCUACGGGAGUGGGGAGCUCUCGGUCCAUGCUUCAUUGCUCCGUACGUGCGUGUUUGCGCGCAUGGGCGAUGAGCAGAAUAUUUAUUGUUUGUACAGACGCUUGUACGUAGACGCGUACGUAGAUACGUCAGAUAUACAUAUGGUGUAUCUCGCUUGUCCUAACGCAUGCGUGCAUAUAUGUAGGAAAUGUACGUAAAUAUACUAUAUGGAUAGUUGAA